AUGCGAAUCGUCUACUUGUCGACCACCUGCGAUGGCAGCACUGUUUCUCACUUGCCAUUGGUUUAUAAAAGCGAUCACAUCACAACGACAAUAUACCUUCAAGAGCUUGAACCGAAAGUCAGUCGUGAGUCAAGAUAUAAGAGGCAACAAAAAGAAGGAACAAACUCUGACUUGCGCUCUUAUAAUCGUCACUCAAAGAUUAUUGCUAAAGCUGGCUCACUCGCAGCUAAUCCUUCUUCUACAACUUGUGCAAAAUAUUCCAAUAUAGAUGAAUUUGCUUGGAAAAUAGGUGUACCUGAUUCGAGUGCUAUGACAGAUAAAGUAGAUAUAGCAACAGACCUUCAAAAAAUGCGAAUCAGUGAUAAUUGCAAUGAAAAUGUAAAUAAAGUUGAAGUUGAUCAACACCAUAGUCAGCAGUCAGAAAUUGAAUUUAAAGAUUUAUCAGACAAAGAAAGAUACACAAAAAUGAGAAAGUGGAGGAAAAUUGGUGGAGAUAAAACUAAUGUGGACACUGAAAAAGAAUUUGUGUUUAAAAUACUUUCAUUUAAUAUAUUAGCUCAAGAUUUAUUAGAAACUCAUAGAUAUUUGUAUAAAUAUCAUGACCCCAGAACUUUACCUUGGACAGUAAGAAAGCCACUUUUGAUACAAGAAAUUUUGGACUCUGAAGCACAUAUUGUUUGCCUUCAAGAAAUGCAAGAAGAGCACUUACAAGAAUUUUUGAUUCCAUUCCAACAAAAUGGUUUUACACAUUUAUAUAAAAAGCGCACAAAUGACAAAAAAGAUGGCUUACUUUUAAUGUACAAACAAGAUCUAUUUAAUUUACUAGACUAUUCAAAAGUUGAAUUAUAUCAAAAAAACAUAGAACUUUUGAGCAGGGAUAAUGUUGGCUUAAUAGCUAAAUUCUCGCUAAAAGAAAGUCCUGAUACAAAGUUUGUUAUAGCAACAACACAUUUGUUAUAUAAUCCUCGUCGUAAUGAUGUGAGACUGGGACAAGUACAACUUUUAUUUGCUGAAAUAGAAAGAAUUGCAUUUGUACAGAAUUUGCCUUCUGGACCACAAUACCUUCCAAUGUUACUUUCUGGAGAUUUUAAUUUAGAACCAUUUACUGGAGUCUAUAAAUUCAUUACUGAGGGAUCCAUAGAAUUUGCUGGUAAAAAUAGAAAUUUGGAAGAGUGCAAUGAAAUGUGUCCAUCAAAUUGGAGUUUAACAAAUUCUUUGAUACCACCACAUUUAUAUGUUACUGACGAGUGUCAGCAUUUCAAAGUUGUCUCACAAAGACUAUCUGGUAAAGGAAGUGGCAGAGUUAUGUUAAAAAAUACAGAAAAUCCUAGAAAUGCAUAUAGUAAUGAUGCACCUCUUGGAGUACAAGAGCAAAGUUUAGUUAACUUGAAUUCAACUACUUACCAGAAGAUUGAAAUAGCAAAUGGUCACUAUGCAACCUUUUCAUCUGGACUUCUAACUCAUCCUUUUCAAUUAAAGAGUGUCUACAAUCAUCAAAAUCAAAGUAAAAAUAAUGGCUUGAAUGAAGCUACAACAUUUCAAGACAGAUGGAUAACUGUUGAUUACAUUUUCUACAGUGAUUUAGUACCACUAGAAAAAUAUACACUACCAACGGUCAACCAAUGUUUGAAAUAUCUUCCAACAAUACCAAACAGGGUUGUAGGAAGUGAUCAUUUAAGUCUUGGGGCAACGUUCAAGUUGCUUAAAAGAUAAAAUGUUAAUUUUGUUCAAUAGAUUUUGUUUCAUGUAUUGUAAAUAUACAUUUAAGCUUUAUUAUUAUAAAAAAUUCAAGUUUUUGUUUGAAAAUUUUUGUA